CGAUGAAGAGGCCGAAGUGGAAGAAGAUGGAAGCAGAAAUGUUAAUAACAGAACUGCUAUGAGGAAGAAUUUAGACAGAAUUGACGCCAACCGACGAGAGUCUGAUUACCGACGUUAUGAAGCGCUCCAUAGUAAUCCCUACCACAGCUCAGUGUCCCGACGGGACGACGGCCGCGGAGACUACUUUGAUCAACCACCUUCGCCAAUACAGUAUUCGAAUCACCAAGGUCUUUAUGAUUUCGAAUCUGACGACCUCAAUUCUGCUCCCUCCACUCUUGCAGCGUCACCUUUGUCACGAUUUAUAUCUCAUCCGUCUGAACCCAUUCGACGCCGUAAUAUUUCACCCACGCGAUAUCCUCAAUCUCCAUCCGAGCGCAGUCGAUUUGUAGAUAAUGACGAUGAUGGGGAAUAUAAGGUGUAUGAUCACGUAAGGCGCAGGGAAUCUGACAUGCAACAGCAACAGACGUAUGAAUACGAAAGGUAUCCGCGGAAAGAGGUUGGGAAUGUGCCGUCAUCUACUUACAGAGAAAGAUCACCGGAAAGAGGUUAUGAUCUGUAUUCGCGAAGAGCGUAUACUAUGGAAUUGCCAAAGAGAGAUGGUUAUGUUGCUGUCAUGAAGGACAAGUUAAUGGCGUCUGGGAAUGCCGAUCGGCGUGUGUCCGCUCCGCCACGUUCCUCAUCAGAACUUCCAGUCACACCAUACGGCCGUGUGAGUGAUAUGGCCGCUCGCUUCAGUGGAGAACCUCGAAAUAUUCCUGUAUCCACUCAUAAAGACUACCAUCGAUAUAACUUCUCCCCGACCGAGUAUUCCACAACACAAAACCGCGCGUAUAGGGAUGACGAAGGAAGUCGGUACCAGGAUCACCACAUCCAACAACCUCGAUCUCGGCUGGCAGCAACGCACAGACAUCAUAUUUCAGGUGAAUUAAUUCCAGCCAAUGAGCAUUGUAAUUGUCGUCAUUGUCUGAUGAAUAAUGGUACUGGACGAUAA